CCUCACACUGCCGUCCCCGGAUCCAAACAUCUUCCAGCUCUGCAUCACCUCCUCCAUUCUCCACCCCCGCCGCCAAGCAAACAUGACCAUCACGGCUCUUCGAUUGUCGCCCCCGGACGCGGCCAUGUUCCACGUGCCGCCCCGCGAUGACCCGGAGACCGUGCUGCCCCCUGCGCCGGGCUCAAUGUGGUCCGCCUCGGCCUUCUCCAUCCCGCCUUCGCUUUACCACGGCGCGCUGGACGUGAGGGUCCCCAUCACCAUUGCCUCUGUGUACGCGGUGACGGCAGUCAUGUUGAACGCGUACAACCGGUCCCGGGGCAACCAGCCGUGGGCGAUCAGCAAGACCCGGGCCUUCUUCUGCUUCGUGGUGGUCCACAACGUCGUGCUGGCGCUCUACUCGGCGUGGACAUUCCUCGGCAUGGUGCAGGCCGCCCGGAGGUCGGUCGUCAGCCCGCUGGGCGCGGCGGGGCUCCUGGGGAUGGUGGACAGCCUGUGCAAGAUCCACGGCAGGGCCGGGCUUGGGAAUGCUGUCUCGUACAACACGGUCGAUUCGAGGUGGGAGUCGUACUCUCUGCAGGGGGCGGUCCUCGAUGCCCACACGGGGGCGCCGAACGCCGCCAACUUGGGCCGCCUGUGGAACGAGGGCCUGGCGUUUUAUGGGUGGCUCUUCUACGUGAGCAAGUUCUACGAGGUCCUGGAUUCUCUCAUCAUUCUUGCCAAGGGGAAGAGGAGCUCGACCCUGCAGACAUAUCACCAUGCUGGGGCUAUGAUGUGCAUGUGGUGCGGGAUCCGAUACAUGUCGCCCCCUAUCUGGAUGUUUGUACUGGUCAAUUCUUUCAUACACACGCUAAUGUACACAUACUACACACUGAGCGUGCUCUCCGUGCCGGUGCCAGUGUCGUUCAAGAAGGCCCUCACCACGAUGCAGAUCAUCCAGUUCUUGUUCGGGGCCUCCUAUGCUGCCACACACUCUUUCAUCUCCUACACCCUGCCGCCGAAACACUCUUCCGGUGAUGGAAACGCUCAAAUGUCAUGUAUCGACACCACCGGCGAAACCUUUGCCAUUUGGUUCAAUGUGCUCUACCUGACACCCCUUACGAUCCUGUUCUUCCGGUUUUUCAUCAGAAGCUACUUCAGACCACAAAAAGGCGGAAAGCGAGCCUCGCAGGGGAAGAAGGCUUGA